UGUUGGGUUUUGAGGUUAGGUAUCGAUCAGUGCGUUGCUUCGCAGCAACAAGGAUGUGAGAAAGUGAGGGGUUUGUUAUGUUUCCAUUCUGAAGGGAAUGACGAAUGUCCCUUCGUUGACUCGCGAGAGUUAAGUCUCGUUCCUUCAUUUCUCCGUUUGCUAAAAUGACGUGCUGAUUCUGAAACAUGGCGCAUUCUAUCCUGGACGCUUUGACAGAUGUCUCUCUAGACGGUUCCUCUGUGCAAUCCUUGUUGGAGUCACAGACCUUGAUAGCCGAAGUUGAGCAGUCAGCGAUUGAUCAGGAUGAGGAAGAUAUAUUCCAAUGUGGCAAGUGCAAGAGUCAGUUUACAUCACUGCAGAUGUUUGUGCUCCACAAAAGAACACAUCAAAAGACGCAGGAGCAGACAGUGGACUUGACUCAAUUCCUGACAAAUGAUGAAAGUCAGGUGAUGCAUGUUGAAGAUGCCACUCCAGAUGAAUCGCAAUAUAAUUCACAGGAAACCUUUCAGCUUGGAGAACCUAUUAUCCUUGAAGAAGCAAACAUGCUAUUUAGUGUGGACCAAGAGGCUGCCAAUUACUUUUCAACAGAUUCCACAUUCAAUGUGCCAAUCAUCUUAAGCACAGAAAAUCUGAAUUCUUUUGUUGAGGCGACGGGAGGUGAGUCGAAUGAUGUGCCGACAAUACAACUGCAAAAUGAUGUCAGCUCACAGGAGGACGCCUCGAGUCAGUCCGAACAUCCUAGCACUUUGUUGAUGGACCACGAGCCAUCGGUGGCGGACGAGCCGCCUGUGACGGAUGAACCGUUCUUGGAUGACAAUGAACCUUGCUUUGAGGACAACGAAAUAUCCUUCCAGGAUAAUUUGCCCAGUGAACUAGAAAAUGACAUUAGUCAAACACAAAACUUAAAGUAUAAGUGUGGUUAUUGCAAUAAGCAAUUUGCAAAGAAAUUCUAUUGGCAGCAACAUGAACGUUCUCAUACUGGAGAGAAGCCUUAUCAAUGUGUAGUGUGCGGUCGUGCAUUUGCACAGAAAUCAAAUGUGAAGAAACAUAUGUCUUCACACAAAGUCUGGCCUGGUACUGCCAUUCACUCAUUACCACCUGAGGCACCUCCAGAUGGAAGUAUCGACCGAACGUAUCACUGCCAAUUCUGCAAAGAAACAUUCGAUUCAUACAAGGCUCUGAAAGGCCAUCUCAUCGUCUCGCAUCUAGCGCUAAAAGUGUACAAAUGUGUGCAGAGCAGCUGCAGCAUGAUGUUUUCGGAACUGGAGGAGUUUUUGGAGCAUACACGUAGUCACAAAUGCUCGGAGUACCGAUGUCACGUAUGCGGCGAAGUGUUCAGUACCCUCUCGGAUCUCGGUCGCCAUCAGUACGUUCACUCCGUCCAGAAACAAAAGACUACGGAGAAGUACUACUGCUGCUCGAUCUGCAAAUCGUCGUUCUCAAACCUCGAGGCGUUGCAACACCAUCAAGAAACUACUACGCACGACUACGCGUGCUUGCAUUGCGGCAAAAGCUUCCUCAUUGAGAGAUUUUUACGUCGUCAUCUCAAGACCCAUUCGGCGUCAGCGAGAUUUGCCUGCGAGGAUUGCGGCAAAGCUUUCAAAACCGAACAGUACCUGGCCAAUCAUAAACUGAUACACAGCGAAGAGACACCUUUUACCUGUCCACAUUGUCCGGCUAGAUUCAAGCGGAAAGAUCGACUGGGACGGCACAUGUUGAUCCAUGACCUGACAAAGAGACUUAAGUGCCCGUUUCGUGGUUAUCUUGGCUGCAUGAGCGAGUUCUCACGACCGGAUAAGCUCAAACGGCAUCUGUUGACGCACAGCAAUGUCAAACGAUUCAGCUGCAGCCAUUGUAAUCGUAAUUUCCAUCGGGCACAGGCCCUCAAGCAUCAUGAAAUGAACAAGCACAGCCUCAAGUGUGAUAUUUGCUCUCACGCUUUUAAGACUAAAGAACAAUUAGUUACCCAUAAUUGUGAACAAUUAAGCGAAGCUAAAAAACAUACAAGCUCACAGCUACCAAAAAAAGCGUCCGGAUCGUUUAAACCAAGGAAACCAACCCCAAAGAGACAGACAUUAUUAAAGACUGCUCCACUACUCGAUAAAGAGAAAUUGGAAAAACUUAAGGCCGAUGAAAUCGAAAGAAAAAUCGCCUCUGAAACAUUCAAGUCUGACGAUUUCGAUGAAGAAUUUUGCAAGAGAACAGGAAAUAUCCUUUUCGUCUCAAAGGUUCAAUCAAUCGGUAAUGAAUUAAACGAGCGAUCCGAUUCGCCGGUUAUAAACUUUGAGGAUGAUUUUAAACGCAACAUAGAGUUCUACUCGCCCAAUACGAGCGAGUAGAGAGAUUUUGCAAUACGUAUACAUAUAUAUACAUACAUGCACAUAUGUAUAUAUAUAUUUUUGAUUCGUAUUUAAAUUGUACAACAAAUUAGAAUGUAGACAAGUCGUAGCACGUGCAAUGGGAUCAUCGGCGAAAACGUAAAUUGCAUUUUAUAUUCGCGUACGGUAUUUUGUAGUUUACAUAUCUGUGAUAAUUAUAUUAUAAAUGCUCUAUUGAUAUAUAAGUAACUUAUAUAUAUAUAUAUAUAUAUGCGCACACAUCGAAGAUGUUCGAUGUUGUUGUCACAAUUUCAAUUCUUCUAUGAAAAAACUCAUCUUAUAGUCACAGUAGUUUUAAUGAUACUUCGAGUAUCCUUUUGAACACUUUUGUUCGUUAAAUUUUUUUAACAAUAGAAUAAGUGUGCAUGAUAUUUGAGAAUUGUAACGAAAUGUUCAGCGCAGCGCGACAUCUUUUUAAUUUAUUUGUUAUAAAAUAAAAAAUUUACCAGAAUUUUCACACAAUUGUGUGAGAAAUAUAAGAUAACUUUUAAGAAAGAAUAUCAAUUUUAUGAAAUAGAUUCAGCAAAGUUUUUAUUAUUGUCAUUCCUGAAAUUUUUGUCCAUUAGAUUUGAAUCCCAAUUAAUGCGCUCUUCUCCUUCU